GUAACCCGGCGAGAGGAGCUGACCUCCCUCGAACCUUCUUCUGCUACCUCCUACUACCUCGCCUUUCUUCUUCUCUUCACCUACCUCCUCCCAAGAUCUGACCAAGAGAGAGAGAGAGGGUCCGUUACAGGCUGGCGGCGCUUGACAUCGGAGGCGGCCGGCAGCGCACAUGCUCGGGGACGGCAGGCGGCGCGCAAGACCCGAGCGUCCGGCGGCGCGCAAGACCCGAGCGUCCGGCGGCGCUUGAUCUCAGGGCGGUCAGUAGCGCUUGAUCUCAGGGCGGCUGGCGGCGCUUGAUUUCGCGGACGGCCGGCGCUGCACAAGAUCCGAGCGGUCGGCGGCGCUUGAUCUCGGAGACAGCCGGUGGCCCUUGACUUCAGGGAUGGCCGGCGGCGUUUGAGAUCCUGGUUAGCUGGGGUCAAGCAAGAGUAGGCCAUCUACGGCGAGGAUGGCGGCCGGCGAGCAGCAGGGCCAAGCAAGAAGAGCUGGGUGAUGCCAAACACCUCCUUUUAACGGACCUGAGCCUGGGAGUGCUUCUCAUCUAUGGGAUCGACGAACGGUAGCAGCUCUUCUCAACAAAGCAGCGGCUUACCUUAGCAGGCUGGGCCACAGAAAUUAUCUGAAGACACACAGGCUACCUGCUGUGCAACAUAUCUGUCUCAGCUCUGACUUGAGGCGCAAUGGCCGAGGUUGUGAUUCUCAUGGCAGUGGCAAAGAUCGGUGUAGCUCUGGGGAAUGAAGCAAUGAACCAGGCUACUUUACAGUUCUAUAACUUUAUAACACAGCUAACAGAGCUUCAAGGAAGCAUGGGUCGCAUCAGAAGGGAGCUCAGGUUGAUGCAUGAAUAUCUUUGCCGAAUGGACAUACGGAAUCGCAACAAUCAGACAUAUGAAAUCUGGGUGGAGGAGGUGAGAAUGCUUGUUCAUGGGAUUGAGGACAUUGUGGAUGAGUAUUUGCAUCUUGUUGGUCAGAAACAUGACAGUGGAUGGAGUGCCUAUCUGAAGAAAGGAUUCAAACAACCAAAUGUUUUAUUCUCUUUAAACAGGGUAGCUUCUUUGGUUAAGGAAGCGGAGGUCAAUCUUGUGCACCUGUUCCAGGCUAAAGAUCGAUGGGUGUCAAUGGUAGAUAGUGGGUAUAUGAAUGACUCAAGUUACAUUGUUGAGAGGUCUCAGCAUCUAGCAAGCACUUCACGUUCCCUUGCUGAAGAAGAUCUCGUGGAGGUUGAUGGAAACAGAAAAAAGCUUGAGCAGUGGUUGGCAGGUGAUGAGUUGGAACGCUCUGUGGUAGUGCUGCAUGGUAUGGGAGGGCUUGGUAAAACAACUUUGGCUGCAAAUGUCUACAGGAAGGAAACAGAAAAUUUUGAUUGCCAUUGUUGGGUCUCUGUCUCUCAAACUUAUUCCAGAGAAGAUGUUUUAAAAAAAUUAAUCAAGGAGCUUUUCAAAGACAAAGCCAUUGUUCCAUCUAAUAUUGAGACCAUGGACAUCAUAAGCCUUGAAGAGGCACUGAAGAAUUUUUUAGAGCAGCGUAAGUAUUUGAUCAUGCUGGAUGAUGUUUGGACUCCUGAAGCAUUUCAUGAUCUUUCUGGGGUGGUUAUUCGUAACAAGAAGGGCAGCAGAGUUGUAAUCACAACCAGGGAAGGCAAUGUUGCUCGACUUGCUUCUCAAGGACAGGUCUUAACACUAAAACCUCUAUCAAAGGAUGGAUCAUGGCAACUCUUCUGUAAGACAGCUUUCCCCAGAGAUACAAAAUGUGAGUGUCCCACAGAACUGACAGAAUUAGCACAUGAAGUGGUUGACAAGUGUAAAGGCAUACCCCUCGCAAUUGUCUCUAUUGGCAAGCUCCUCUUUGUACGUGACAAGACCAAAGAGGAACUGAAGCGAAUACAUGACCAGCUCGACUGGGAGCUAGUUAACAAUCCAAGCUUGGAACAUGUCAGGAAUAUCCUUUAUUUGAGUUACUUGUACCUUCCGACAUACUUGAAAAGUUGCUUUCUGUACUGCAGCUUGUUCCCAGAGGACUAUCUUUUCAAAAGGAAAAAGCUGAUACGAUUGUGGGUAGCAGAGGGCUUCGUCAAGGGAAGGGGUGAAAGCACAAUGGAGGAAGUGGCUGAAGGUUAUCUAGAAGAGUUGGUUCACAGAAAUAUGCUUCAAGUUGAUACAAGAAACCCAUUUGGUAGGAUAAAAUCAUUCAGGAUGCAUGAUAUUGUACGUGAGUUGGCAGUAGAUUUGUGUCGCCGGGAAUGCUUUGGUGUUGUUUAUGAGGAGGAUAAAUAUAUGGAAUCUCUUGAUGAGAUGGAUGCACGUCGACUGGUAAUACACAAAAUGAAGAAGGAUAUUUAUCAGUCAGUAUCAGGUGUACACCGUCUCCGCUCUGUUAUCGCAUUGGACAUCAAUAUUCCAUCCACUUUACUGCCUCUAAUAGCAAUGAAGUCCAGAUAUAUGUCGGUGCUGGAGUUAAGUGGCCUACCCAUUGAGAAAGUUCCAGAUGGUAUUGGAGAUCUUUUCAAUCUCCGCUAUUUGGGUCUGCGUGGUUCAAAAGUGAAGCUCCUUCCCAGGUCUAUUGAGAAACUUUCAAGUUUGUUGACACUGGACCUUUCAGGGUCUGGCAUGAAGGAGCUGCCUAGAGGCAUUGGUAAACUAAAAAAGCUUAGGCAGUUAUUCACUGACAAAGCUAGUGAUCGAUUUAGGAGAGAUUUCCGAUGCGGCAGUGGUGUAUGCAUCCCCAAGGGCCUUGAGAACCUGACAAGUCUGCAGACACUAGUAUCAUUGGAAGCGCAGGAUGAGUCCGUUAGACAGUUGGGGGAGCUGAGGCAGCUGAGAAGCUUGGAGAUAUGGAAUGUGAAAGGAACCUACUGUGGACAUAUAUCUGCUUCUCUAGCCGGGAUGCGACACCUUUCCUACCUACAUGUGAAUGCAAGCGAAGACAAUGAGGUUCUCCGGUUGAGUGGUCUACCCCCAAACCUGCAAAGGAUUAGCUUGACUGGCCGAUUAGCGGAAGGCACAUUGGUAGAGUCUCCUCUGUUCCAAACUGCGGGGCGGAACCUGUAUUCACUGUCUCUAUCUUGGUCCCAGAUGAUACAAGACCCCUUACCAUCCCUUUCUCGAUUGUCAAAUUUGUCAGACCUGAUGCUCACCAGGGCGUACAGAGGAAAGCAGAUGACAUUUCUUGCCGGGUGGUUCCCCAAGCUAAAAACCCUGAGACUGAGAGACCUGCCAAAUCUGGAGGUUCUAGAGAUGAAGGAAGGUGCCGUUGUGAGCCUCGAAAUAUUAACACUAGUCAACCUUGAAGGCAUGGUGGAGGUCCCACCUGGCAUAGAGUUUCUCGCGCAUGUAAAGCAUAUUUCGUUCCGGGAAAUCACCAGCGAGUUUUUGACUUCGCUGCGACAAUGUCCUAGAACUCAAGGGAUGCAGUGGCGGCAUACUCUCAGGUGACAUUAACCCUGCUGGCCUCGAAAUGAGUAUGUAAGCCGCUCAACUGCAGACUACUGUUCCACUACCAGUUUCCUUGUGUACUUCACCUUCAUGUUUUUAUUGGUUUGCUUGUCGGAAGAAAGGAUAUCCUACAAAUACUUCACUUUCCCUACUUGUAGUCACUACUACUGUUUUUGUGAUUGUGGAUCAUGGUAUUGUCUAUUUAUUGGACAGGUCGAUUUGGUGCUCGGGCUCAUCUGCACCUGAAAUCUGAGCCUUUGGUUGUUGCCUUGAGAUGGUAAAAAUCGUGUCAGAUGCGACAGAGCUGGACCGUUGAAAAAAGAGGAUACAGGCUAUAUACUGUAUGGCACAGUGCGCACGGGUGGGCCAGUUGCGUAGCUUGUGGCGUCGCUCCGUGAUUGCGGGCGUCUGAGCCGUGGCUCAGAACUUGUCCGAUGCUAGGCCAGGUCGUGAGGUGCCAAACGAGCCGUCCCUGGACUGCACGUCUGUUUGUGGGGAGGUACCUCGCGGUAAUGGCGGGCGUGUUCACCGAUUCCCCACCCAGGGAGGAGUUCGCGGACAGCUUGGAGCAGCCAAAUCCCGACACUCUAGGGUUCCUCCGUCUGUCCAUGGCCGCUGGGCUGCAUCGCCGCUGACGCCGUUUCCACCGCCCCAUCACCGUUGACCCCGACGCCACCACUGCUCUCUAGAUCUCAGUCUCGCCGGCGCUCCUCACUGCCUUGCUCCCCUCUACUGGACAGCUGCUCGCCGGCGUCGUCUUUCUCCUGUACUGGUCGGCGUCAUCUCGUUCUCGGGCACUAACAAGUCCAUGUCCCCCUGGUUCUGCACGACAUCUCUAGCCCGACAGCCUCCACCAGACACCACGGGUUCCUCCUCCUGGAGGAGUUCACCGACAGCCAUGGAGAACCAGAUCCAGUACUUCUGAUGUUGUUACCGUCAGGCGAGGCCAACAGAUCCAUGCCGGCGGACUCGAAUUCUGAGUCUUGAUGCCAGGCGAGGCCACGGUAGGGCUUGCGGCAGCGACGGGAGGUAUCUCCGACUCGGUCCGCGCAGUCAGCUGACAGGGUCAACCCCGAGGCAUAAUGCACCUUAUCGUCGGACCUGAAGGCUGAGCUGACUCCUGGUGGUGAGGUGACGUUAAAUGUCUGGAGAUGCAUACAGCACAUGCUGAAUGCAAAGGAGAAGAGGAUGUACCGUGGGUGGCUCGCGAGGUGGAGAGAUUCCGCGCUUUGUGAGCUUUGCAGGGCAGACAAUUAAGUGGACUGGGAUUAUAUCAGCAUGAUGAUGAACCCUUAAUUGAUAGGGUACAGAAUUGAUUGGCUGGAAAAGUUGAUGUUCCCAGUGCUUUUCAUGGACCGCUGGUCAUUAUACAUUCUCGAUACUGAGAAGAAGGUUGUGAUGGUGUUUGACCCAACCGAGACAGAUCCGACAGAUGAGAUGAAGAGGAAGCACGAGGCAUUAUCGAGGAAGUUCUGGUUUAGAUUCUGCCACCUGUCCAAUGUCAUGUUCGGUGCAGGUGCAGGGUUGGUCGAGACGACUGGCUGGACAUUUGUGUACCCCCUGGUGGCGCAGCACGAACCAUGCAUGAGUACAGGAUAGCAGUGUGUCAUGCGCUACAUUCUGGAGUUCACUGGUCUUUACCUUGGUUCGAUGCUUACCCAAGCACAGCUUGAGCACCUAAUAAGAAAGAAAAUUGCAUAUGUGGUCAGUGAUCAUGAAGGGGAACAAGGGAAAUAUCCUGUAUUUCCUGCACAAAGAAAAUUUGUACUUAGAGACCUAAGCAGAUUAAUUAGAAUUACGGACGCUGCGAGCAAAGUUGUAUGGACAGAUUACCCUCUAUCUGAAUUCGCAAUGUCAUAACUAACUAUUGGUGGCGA